UUGAUAACAACGACAUUGAUUACAAUAUUUAUAACUUUGAUAACGAUAAUAAUUCUUCCACUUAUUAUCACAACGAUUAUAACUACAACCAAGACGAUAAUAACAACAUGACUACCAAUCAACAUAUAUUAACUUACCUACAACGAAACUUAGGAGGUACUACAGAAUGGUGUGAAACGACAACUGCUACCACUUGGGCCGAAUGGCUUCAAGCCUUUAAGGAAUUCUUUUGUACUUUCCGAUGGAUUAACAAAUGGCAUCGAGAAUUAGAGGAACUACGACAAAACAGUGACGAAGCCAUUGACACUUACUAUGCUGCUCAUAGGCGACUUAUCAGAAAAAUUAAUAAAAUAGCUGAAAUGCCAGCUGCUGAUCAAAUGCGUUAUUUUGUGAAAGGCUUACGACCUGAGCUUGCACCAAUAAUUAUGAUGAAUGAUCCUGCUGAUGUCGCAACUGCAGUGGACCUUAUUCGAAAGUAUGAAGCAGGUGAAGAUGUAGUGAAACGAAAAGAACCUCGAAGGUCGCAAAAAGAACUUGAGUCAGAAUCUGAAGAAGAAAAACCUCGACGAAAAGAGACUAAGAAAAAGAAGCUAACGGAAAAAGGAGACUUGGAUGAUUUGGUUCAAAAGUUUGAAAAGCUUCAAAUCAAUUUGGCACAAAAAAUUGACUUGUUAACAAAACAAGUAAACCAGAGAAAGGAAGAGUUAUUAAAUCAACUUUUAGAAGCUUAUUUGGGAAAACGUGAACGAGAUGAGGAUAGUACUGACGAGGAAACAAAGAAACCUCGAACAGGUGAUUACUUUAAAAUCCCUGAGGUUAAUACUUUUGGAAUUCCAUUCCGAAAGGAGGAAUUCAAAACUGAAAAUAAAACUAAACCUACCAAAAGAAGUAAAAAGAAAUUACCUUCUGAAAGAAAGAAAUCUACUAAACCUGAAAAGAAGGAAGUACCCCGAUUACUGCGCACAAAAGAAUUUGACAUUGCUGAACAAAUGCAAAAACAGGAAGCUGGAAUUACUUGGUCUCAAUUACUCCAACUCCCUGGAAUGAAACGAACCCUUAUGAAGAAUUUAAAA